AUGGCUGCACAAACCACGGUCUGGCCGACCGCCCAAACAACCAAUGUCCAAAACCCUCGACUCAAGCUCCUCGAAGGCCUCCGGGCUGGGAGGUACCCGCUCAUGACGUUCAUGGCCAUUCCUUCGGUGCGCCAGGCCCAGAUAGUCUCCCUCUGUGGGUUUGAUGGCGUCAUAAUCGACUGCGAGCAUGGUCACAUUGGCGACGAGGCCAUGCACAACUCGGUGUCUGCCAUCGCGGCCCUGGGCGUCUCGCCCAUCAUCCGCAUCCGCGGGCCAGCGCACGACAUCAUCAAGCGGGCGCUGGACACGGGCGCCCACGGCAUCAUGGUGCCGCAGAUCAACAACGCCGAGGAGGCGAGCCAGAUCGUCGCCUCGUCAAAGUUCCCGCCCCAGGGCGUGCGCGGCCAGGGGUCAGCCUUCCCGGCCAUCGGCCACGGCCUGACCACGCCGCAGUACAUGCAGACGGCCAACGAGACAAUCAUCACCAUGAUCCAGAUCGAGACGCGCGCCGGCGUCGAGAACGUCGAGGCCAUCUGCGCCGUGCCGGGCGUGGACCUCGUCUUCAUCGGCCCCAACGACCUCGCCCAGUCCCUGCUCGGCUACACGCCCGCGCGCGGGGACGAGCCAGAGUUCGUGGCUGCCGUCGACAAGAUAGUGGCGGCGGCGCGGAAGCACGGCAAGUGGGCUGGGCGCAUGGUCAACAACGGCGAGGCGGCCAAGGAGGCGCGGGCGAAAUACGACACGGUCGCCAUGACGGGCGACACCAAGGCGAUACAGAACUGGUACAUGGCCGAGCUCGAGGUCGCGAGGUCAUGA